GACAUGUAAUUUUUUUCGACGCCCCGAAGGUACCUAUUUAGAGGAAAUUCUAGAGUGGAGAUCGCUGGUAAAACUGACAGUAAAAAGUACAUCAUAUUUUAUAUAUUAUUUUAUUUUAAAAAGUUGCACACAACUAAGGGCAGGAGAUGUUGUUUUUAUUGAUGGCGAUCGCAGUCGCGGAUAUUGCAGUUGGCGAUGAGCGUUCGGGUUUUCCUCGCCCAGCGGGUUUUUGGCCGCUUACAAAACGAUACCAUGGCUUGGACGUCAGUGGGAACGGUAACCACGCCCUAGUGCAAGACGUCGAUUUUAACGCAGGUAUUUAUGGCAUUGGCGAAGGCUCGGCUAAAUUUGCAGGCACAGUUUCUUCCUUCAUUGAAAUCCCAAACAAUGGAGCACUGAACGUCAAUUCUUUCACAUGGCUGGCCUACGUGCGCCUACGGCACAUGUCGGAUGAGGCUGCACCCCUGUUUGACUUUCGUCGUAGCGAGGGCAAUAAUGUUCAAGGAAUUGGCAUAUGGGCUAUUAUGGGGAUUUUCUAUAUUUGCCCUGUGAUGGACGAGACAACCUGUCGCUCAAGGGCUUAUUCAUUACCAGUCCUCACUGACGCUGCCUGGGUCUAUGCUGGUUUCACGUACGAUGCCCAGACCGGGAUGACCAGGAUGUGGGUGGACGGCGUGGAGGCGGGUCAUUUUCAGCACACUCCUCAACUGAAUCUUACCACCGAUACACCUGUCCGCAUCGGUGCCAGACACAGCUCCGAUAGAGACGCAUGGUAUUUCUUUGGUGCCUUGAGGUGUGUCCAAUGGUACGGAGUUGCUUUAUCUGCAGAACAGAUCCAACAGACCGUGAAUCUGUGCAGAGAGCCUGUACAUGGAGCACAUUUCAAGGUUCACCGUGGUUACGCUAUGGCCACUGACUCUCCACUGACAUACAUGUACAGAUCCGAGCAGAACAUCCAUUGUCUCAUACAGUGCUCCGCCCUCUGUUCCCGAGACUACAACUGUCUAUCAGUGAAUUAUUUGGAGGCUACUUCAACAUGUGAACUCAGCAAAUACUCCACCGUCUACAACAGCAGCCUACAGCUUACCCGUCGUUCAGAGGGCGAGGUGCACGCCGAACUAUUGCAUCCCGUGAAUAUGUUGUCUGAUUGAGAUAAGUGUCGAGUCCAGCCUAAGGGCCCAUUCCCCAUGAAACUACUGUACUACGUAGAUCGAUCCAAAUCCACGGGGGACUUUCGCUGAAUGCAAUCAGAUUAACAUAUUUCUAUAUUAAAACUCCUCCUCCGGGUGUAGUGCGGUGACAAACGUAAUGUCCAUGAUCUUUAUUACUCUCUUACAUGUUCAUGUACCACAGAGUCUGCAAGUGCUGUAGUUUGUUUUAGAAUUAUUGUAUCGGAUGCUUUACUUAAAUUUUGUAUUCUAUUCUAGAGGCUCCUGAUAUCGAAGGAUAGAUCUUUAUAGGGUUGAAAGUAUAGCCAGUGUUCUUCUGUACACGCACGAGACCUUUUUGGCUGUUGAGAUUAUUUUUUAUUUACUACUUAUUCUUUUAUUUGUGCGGGCUGUAAAAGCUAAUGAGGUUUAUAGAUUUAACAUACUAAUCAAGAUUUUCUUUGAAAUAUCAAAAUUGUUGUUUGUAUACAUGUAAGCUGUCAUGGACUGUGCGACAGACUGUCGGAUAAUGAGGCAAAUAGGAUAUUGUAAUAUGAAAACAUAAUUUAUUCUUGUUGUAUAGUGCAAGUGUCUAUUCAUGUACUUAUAUUCCAGGCCUCAUAAACGGAUUAGGCGUUUCCUAGCACGAGCCUCAGAUUCCCGAGCGCAAACGCCAAUAUUAACGAGCCCCACCUCAGAUUCAAAAGCACAACGUAAAGUCGACGAGCACAUAUUCCACUGUAUAUAAUCGGAUUUACAACAGAUCAUGUCGUUUUAAAUUUUAGUCAAAGGAGGUCAACGUUUGGACAAACUGAACACGUUCACACGAAAACUUUCAUAAAAAUGGGGAAAAUGAUGAGAAACAGUAUUUAGAACAGGGCAACGUUUGGACAAGCCGAAAACUUUCAU